AUGGUUGUUGCACACUUUCUUCUCGGAGCGGCCGUGCUGGCCACUGCUGUCAAUGGUCAGGCCGCACUAUGGGGCCAAUGUGGCGGUGUUACCUGGACUGGAGCAACCACUUGCGUCUCCGGCGCCACCUGCACUAAGAUAAACGACUACUACUCCCAAUGUAUCGCCGGAACCGCAACCACCACCGCCGUCGCCUCAUCAACAACCUCCACGGCAGCUAGCGCUAGCCCGGGCCUCAACACCCUCGCCGUGGCCAAGGGAAAGACGUACUUUGGCUCCGCGACGGACAACGGCGAGCUCAGCGACGCGGCAUAUACGACUAUCCUGAAGAAUAGCAAGGAGUUCGGAGUGAUCACUCCCGGGAACAGCAUGAAGUGGGAUGCGACAGAAGGCACGCGCGGGACCUUUACGCUCACGAAUGGAGAGACCAUUGUGAAAUUUGCGGAGGCCAAUGGGCAGAAGGUGCGCGGGCAUACGUUGGUGUGGCACUCGCAGCUGCCAAGUUGGGUUAGCAGCGGUGGAUUCAGUGCGGCGGAGUUGACGGAGAUUAUUCAGACGCAUGUGACGAAGUUGGUGACGAACUGGAAGGGCAGGAUCCUGCACUGGGAUGUCGUCAAUGAAAUUUUCAAUGACGAUGGCACAUACCGUACCAGCGUGUUCUACAAUACCCUCGGUGAAGAGUUCGUCUCCAUCGCGUUCAAAGCCGCGCGCGCCGCGGACCCCGCCGCAAAGCUCUACAUCAACGACUACAACAUCGACGGCACCGGCGCAAAGUCAACCGCCAUGUACAACCUCGUGCAGAAGCUGCUUGCCGCCGGUGUGCCCAUCGAUGGUAUCGGUGUCCAGGCGCAUCUCAUCUCCGGUAGCGUACCAAGCACGCUCGCGACUAACUGGGCCAGCUUUGCAUCGCUGGGCGUGGAUGUGGCCAUCACGGAGUUGGACAUUAGGAUGACGACGCCGUCGGAUGCGACGAAGCUUGCGCAGCAGGCGACGGAUUAUGGGACAGUCGUGAAGGCGUGUGUGAGUGUGCCAAGAUGUGUCGGGGUCACGAUUUGGGAUUAUACGGAUAAAUAUUCGUGGAUUCCGAGUGUGUUCUCGGGACAAGGAGCUGCUCUCCCAUGGGAUGAGUCGUUGGUUAAGAAGCCCGCCUAUGCGGCGAUUGCGUCGGCGUUGGCUUAG